AUCUUAUGCGUCAAACCCAAGACAAAGAAGAAGACAAAAACAAUGGAGGAAGAUGUCAAGAAGACGAUGAAGAUAGAAGGAGAAGUGGUUGUGAUGAAGAAGAACCUUCUUGAUUUCAAAGACGUUAUGGCUUCUCUUCUUGAUCGAGUCCAUGAGCUUCUUGGUCGUCGUGUCUCUCUCCACCUCAUCAGCUCUCACCAACCCGACCCGGCCAAUGAGAAGAGAGGAAGACUUGGAAAAGCAGCACAUCUGGAAAAAUGGGUAACAAAAAUAAAAACGUCAGUAACCGCAGAGGAAACUGCGUUUAGAGUAACGUUUGAUUGGGACGAGUCAAUGGGACCACCGGCUGCGUUUGUGAUCAAGAACCACCACCACAGCCAAUUCUACCUUAAGUCCCUCACCCUCCGCGGCUUCCCGGCUGGUGAAGGCGGUCCGAUACACUUCGUCUGCAAUUCUUGGAUUUACCCGAGUCAUCGAUACCGCUCUGACCGCGUUUUCUUCUCUAACAAGGCAUAUCUUCCAAGUGAAACACCGGAGCUAAUCAAAGAGUUAAGAGAAGAAGAGCUACAGAAUCUAAGAGGUAAUGAGAAAGAAGGAGAAUUCAAAGAAUGGGACAGAGUUUACGAUUACGCUUAUUACAACGACUUAGGUGCUCCUGACAAGGGUCCUGACUCAGCCCGUCCGGUUCUUGGCGGUUCACCUGAGCUGCCUUAUCCUCGCCGUGGCAAAACCGGCCGUAAACCCACCAAAACCGACCCUAAGUCCGAGAGUAGGCUGGCAUUACUAAACUUGAACAUAUACGUGCCAAGGGACGAACGGUUUAGCCAUGUAAAGUUCUCUGACUUUCUUGCUUACGCGCUCAAGUCGGUGACUCAAGUUCUUGUCCCUGAAAUCGCCUCUGUUUGCGACAAGACCAUCAACGAGUUUGACUCCUUCGAAGAUGUUUUUCACCUCUAUGACGGUAGUAUUAAGCUCGCCAAUGGUCACACCAUUUCUAAGCUCCGUGAUGUUAUCCCAUGGGAGAUGUUUAGAGAGCUAGUUCGAAACGACGGAGAACGGUUCUUGAAGUUUCCCUUGCCUGACGUCCUCAAAGAGAGCAGAUCGGCUUGGAGGACUGACGAAGAGUUUGCUCGAGAAAUGCUGGCCGGCCUUAAUCCAGUGGUGAUUAGUCGUCUUCAGGAAUUUCCGCCGAAGAGCAAUCUAGACUCUGCAAAGUAUGGAAACCAACACAGUUCCCUACGAGAAGAGCACAUAGAACCAAAUAUGAACGGCCUCAAUGUACAAGAAGCUUUGGAACAGAAUAAGCUAUACAUACUGGAUCAUCACGACGCAUUGAUGCCUUAUCUGACGCGGAUAAACUCAACAAACACUAAAACCUAUGCGACCCGAACCCUUCUGUUGCUUCAAGAAGACGGAACACUGAAGCCUCUCGCUAUAGAGUUGAGUCUUCCACACGCACAAGGCGAAUCACGUGGAUCGGUGAGCAAAGUUUUCACACCAGCAGAGAAAGGCGUAGAGGGAUCGGUUUGGCAGCUUGCUAAGGCUUAUGCGGCGGUUAAUGAUUCCGGUUAUCACCAGCUUAUAAGCCAUUGGUUGCAAACUCAUGCAGUGAUUGAACCGUUCAUAAUCGCGUCGAAUAGGCAACUCAGCGUUGUCCAUCCGAUCCAUAAACUUCUACAUCCGCAUUUCCGUGACACUAUGAACAUCAACGCAUUGGCGCGACAUAUCCUCAUAAACUCAGACGGAGUUCUGGAGAGAACAGUCUUCCCUAGUCGAUACGCCAUGGAAAUGUCUUCUUCAAUUUACAAGAAUUGGGUUUUCACCGAUCAAGCUCUCCCAAAAGAUCUCCUUAAACGAGGAGUUGCCGUCGAAGAUCCGAAGAGCGACCACGGUGUUAAACUAUUGAUCGAGGAUUACCCGUUUGCGGUCGACGGUUUAGAGAUUUGGUCAGCGAUCAAAACGUGGGUCACAGAGUACUGCUCAUUCUAUUACAAGAAUGACAAAACCGUCCAAACCGAUAUAGAGAUCCAAUCAUGGUGGACCGAGCUCCGAACCAAAGGUCACGGCGACAAACAACACGAGUCAUGGUGGCUUUCUAUGCAAACCCGCGACGACCUCAUCGAAACCUGCACGAUCAUCAUCUGGAUCGCCUCUGCUCUUCACGCAGCAGUCAAUUUCGGACAGUACCCUUACGCCGGUUUCCUCCCUAACCGACCUACAGUCAGCCGCCGGUUUAUGCCUGAACCAGGUACGGAUGAGUACGCUGAGCUGGAGGAAGACGCUGACGUAGCCUUCUUGAAGACGAUCACGCCACAGUUACAGACUCUGCUUGGUAUCUCCAUCAUAGAGAUCUUGUCUAUGCAUUCAACGGACGAGAUCUACUUAGGGCAAAGAGAUUCACCGAAUUGGACGGCGGAUGAUGAGCCUUUGGAGGCUUUUAAACGGUUUGGGAAAGAGCUUGAGCUGAUAGAGAACAAUAUCAUACGGAGAAACAAUGACAAGAGGUUCAAGAACCGGACCGGACCGGUUAACAUACCGUACACUUUGUUGUACCCGAAUACUACGGAUUACACAAGAGAAGGUGGGCUUACUGGGAAAGGGAUACCUAAUAGUGUCUCAAUCUAAAGAUAAUCUUCUUGAUUAUGUGAUUAUUAUGUCUCUCUCUUUAAGUUAUUUAUUUUGUUUUUUUUUUUGUUUUGCGUGCUAUAUAUUAUUACUCUUAUGUUAUUAUCCAUUGUUCAUAUGAUAAAGUGAUUAUAUUUUU